CAGGCAGAGAUCCUCAGGAGGGAUGCCAUUCCCGGGUGGCAGCCAGCUCUUAUGAUCUCACACCACGUCCUACUUUUCAGUAUGCUAACCCUGUUUUAAUUUCUCGCGGAAAGGGUUAGAAUUUCUCGCUGUGGGGCAGCACGCUGGAGCUAAUUCCUGCAUUUGGCUCUUGGGAGUGACCCAGGAGGCUUCCCAGGAGCUGGAAUAGGUGCUUUGGCUCCCUGGCCUUGCUGCUGCAAAAACCAAGGGUGCGUCCCCCUUUCCGAUUCUUGACGUAAGCUCCGACAGCAGGGGAGCCUCGCCAGGACGUUGGAGAGCAGAGGAAGACCAGCAGGGAGAGGAAGCCAUUGCAGCAACAGCUUGGAAGAGGGAGCUGGAGGUCUCUCGCCAGAAAAGCAGGAGGGGGCUAGAGCCUGAGCACGGGAAGACGCGGACCUGCCGGCUCCAGGAGCCGCUGGGUUGCUGCAAAGCGGGGCGGGGAGAAGGCGGGGGCGCUGCAUGCAGCGCGCUGGCUCCAGCGGCGCCCGCGGGGAAUGUGACAUCAGCGGCGCCCGGCGCUUGCGGCUGGAGGAGGCGGCUCGCCUGGGCUGUGCUGUGCACACCUCGCCCGGGGGAGGACGCAGACUCAGGCAGGCGGCCGGGAUGUCGGCGAAGGAGAGGCCAAAGGGGAAAGUGAUCAAGGACAGCGUCACCCUCCUGCCCUGCUUUUAUUUUGUGGAGUUACCUAUAUUGGCAUCAUCGGUGGUUAGCCUGUACUUCCUUGAACUCACGGAUGUCUUCAAACCUGUGCAUUCUGGAUUUAGCUGCUAUGACCGGAGUCUCAGCAUGCCAUACAUUGAGCCAACCCAGGAGGCAAUUCCAUUCCUCAUGUUGCUUAGCUUGGCUUUUGCUGGACCUGCAAUUACGAUCAUGGUAGGGGAAGGAAUUCUCUACUGUUGCCUGUCCAAAAGAAGAAACGGGGUUGGACUGGAGCCUAACAUUAACGCUGGAGGCUGCAACUUCAACUCUUUCCUUAGAAGAGCCGUCAGAUUCGUUGGUGUUCAUGUAUUUGGACUAUGCUCUACAGCUCUCAUUACAGAUAUAAUACAACUGUCCACAGGAUAUCAGGCACCAUACUUUCUGACUGUGUGCAAGCCAAACUAUACCUCUCUCAAUGUGUCUUGCAAAGAGAAUUCCUACAUUGUGGAAGAUAUUUGUUCUGGAUCUGACCUUACAGUGAUCAACAGUGGCAGAAAAUCAUUCCCUUCUCAACAUGCGACCCUCGCUGCCUUUGCAGCUGUGUAUGUUUCGAUGUACUUCAAUUCCACAUUAACGGAUUCCUCUAAGCUUCUGAAACCCCUCUUGGUCUUCACAUUUAUCAUCUGUGGAAUCAUCUGCGGGCUAACACGGAUAACUCAGUAUAAGAACCAUCCAGUGGAUGUUUAUUGUGGCUUUUUAAUAGGAGGAGGAAUUGCACUAUACUUGGGCCUGUAUGCUGUGGGGAAUUUUCUGCCUAGUGAAGAGAGCAUGUUUCAGCACAGAGAAGCCCUCAGGUCUCUGACAGAUCUCAAUCAAGACCCCAGCCGAGUUUUAUCAGCUAAAAACGGUAGCAGCAGUGAUGGAAUUGCUCACACAGAGGGCAUCCUCAACAGAAACCACAGAGAUGCGAGCUCCCUGACAAACCUCAAGAGGGCCAACGCUGAUGUGGAGAUCAUCACCCCACGGAGCCCCAUGGGGAAGGAGAACAUGGUCACCUUCAGCAACACCCUGCCGAGAGCCAACACUCCCUCAGUGGAAGACCCGGUGAGGAGAAACGCAACCAUUCACGCUUCCAUGGAUUCCGCUCGAUCCAAGCAGCUCCUCACCCAGUGGAAGAACAAGAAUGAAAGCCGCAAGUUGUCCCUGCAAGUUAUGGAGAAUGAGCCCGGACAGUCUCCACCCAGAUCCAUCGAAAUGAGGUCAAGCUCAGAGCCAAGGGUGGGGGUGAAUGGAGACCAUCACGGGCCUGCCAAUCAGUACCUCAAGAUCCAGUCUGGCACCGUGCCCACCUGCAACAACAGCAUGCCGGGAGGGCCGAGGGUAUCCAUCCAGUCCCGCCCCGGGUCCUCCCAGUUGGUGCACAUCCCCGAGGAGACCCAGGAGAACAUAAGCACCUCCCCCAAGAGCAGUUCUGCUAGGGCCAAGUGGCUGAAAGCUGCUGAGAAGACUGUGGCCUGCAACAGGAGCAACAGCCAGCCCCGCAUCAUGCAAGUCAUAGCCAUGUCCAAGCAGCAGGGAGUCCUGCAGAGCAGCCCCAAGAACACGGAAGGCAGCACGGUCUCCUGCACUGGCUCCAUCCGCUACAAAACCCUGACAGAUCACGAACCCAGCGGGAUCGUGAGGGUCGAGGCGCACCCGGAGAACAAUAGGCCCAUCAUACAGAUUCCAUCCACCGAAGGCGAAGGCAGUGGCUCCUGGAAAUGGAAGGCCCCCGAGAAGAGCAGCCUUCGCCAAACCUAUGAGCUCAACGACCUCAACAGGGACUCCGAGAGCUGCGAGUCCCUGAAAGACAGUUUCGGUUCCGGAGAUCGGAAGAGAAGCAACAUUGACACUAACGAGCAUCACCACCAUGGCAUCACCACUAUCCGUGUCACCCCAGUGGAGGGCAGUGAAAUCGGCUCAGAGACACUGUCCAUUUCUUCUUCACGCGACUCCACCCUGCGGAGAAAGGGCAACAUCAUCUUAAUCCCUGAAAGAAGCAACAGCCCUGAAAACACUAGAAAUAUCUUCUACAAAGGAACCUCCCCGACACGGGCGUAUAAGGAUUGAGCGAUGAUGACCCUUCAGUGCUUUGGGUCACUCCCAGACGCCGUGUGUGGAUCCUACCUGCGCUCUGCUGCAGACAACUGGGAAGCCUUCUCACCACACCGAAUCGUCCACCAUCAGCCCUGCACUCUAACUCUUGAGGUCUACUAGGCUGAACUUGUAGAUUUUACCAAGGGGAGGGAAAAGCACAAUGCAAGAACCUAACCAGUGUGAUCAUGUGUUUUCUUAAGACCUGUCAUCAAACUCAAAAGGUUUUGCAGAGGACAGUAUCCAAAAAAGUGAUUUCCUUCAGUGUAUACGGUUUUACUUUCUGAAUGUGCCAACUUUGGGGAAUUUUCUUUAGUACUAGCUGUAGGAAUCCAGAACACAGGUUUUCCCUGCAGCAGAGGCCAUGCAGUAUUAUAUAUUCAUUUUGCAGAAUCUGCACCAAAAGCUCAGUAUGGGUGGUGCUGAUUAUUAUAGUACAUGUACCAUGUAAACUCUCAAACUCUAUUUAGCUGUGAAGUAGUGGUGUGCAAUUCCUUGUUGAAGAAAUACUACUUUAUUAAGAAGAUACUGGCUACUUUGUGUUAGAAUAGGACACCCCGCAGCUUCCUCCUAGUGGCUCUGUCACAGUCAAGAGAUGAAAGGGUUCAUGUGCAUUUCUUCAAAAUUAUGCUUUCUUCAACAUCAGAAAUCAUGUAGGAGUAUUUUCAGUGAAAGGAAAUAACUAGUACUUUCCUGCAUAGUUAUUCUGCUGCUUACUUUUUAUUUAAAUAUCAGUACUGCUAAUAAAGAAUCUGUUUUAGUGAGUAUAUUUGCCUAAUUUAAAAUAUCUAUUGUUUUAGAGAAUCUUUUGAAAUUGUUCUGAACAUACUUUGCAUUUUUAUGACUUCUUUUUUUACAGAUUUAAAAUUGGUUAUAUAUAUAUAUAUAUAUAUAUAUAUGUUCUCCUAUUUCAAAAGCAAAAAUUACAAUUGACAUUCCUUGAGCAAAAUAUGCUGCUGUGAAUCUAUAAAUGAGAAAUCUGAGCCAAAACUUGACAUUGUGGAUUACAUUGCCAGAAAUGUUGGUUAAGUCUAACUUUAGAUGUCUCUAACAAGCCAACUUAGGUUGCCAUCAUAACAAGUAAUCCAAAAAUUCUAUUUGGUUCCAGAUUAUUAACUAUAAAACAGUAAAUUAAAAUCCCAGGGUGUUUUAGCCUUUUUGUACCAAAUAUUUUUGCUAAUUGAACAUCAACAGGAAGAUCAGAAAAAAUGCAAAUUGGUAAGCAAAAAUAUCUUGCAGUAUAAAAUAAGAAUGUAUUUCUUCAAAAAAUCUGAAUAGGCACAGUUUUAGUGCUUAACAUGCAAACAACAUUUUUCGCUACCUAUCUUGAAUUAAGCCUUGAGCCUAAAUCAAAGGAAACCAAUGCUGUCAAUAAUAAGGACAUAGAAACAAAACAUUUUGAAGUGUUUUCUGACUUACAUAUUUAAAGUAUGAAGAAAUACUCGGUUCUUGGCAUUUGGUAUUAAGCCUUUUUUACUCCAUUUCUAAAGACUAUUAAUAUACACUUGAUGAUUGCCAAGGUGAUAACACUAGGAAACAACAGACCUGGUGUAUCUAAGUUCCAGUUUUCAAUGAGAACAGAUGGAGCUGCUUAGAGACAGCUAGUAUCACAUCAUUAUUAGUUUCUAUACGAAAAGGGCAGAGCUUCUUAAGAGCAAUCAACCUCCUAAGGCAUUCAGAAUUCAGCUGAAACCAGCAGAAUUGUAAACUCUGGCAAUAAAAUACAGACUCAACUGAUAUCCCUUCUGGCAAUUUCCUUCUCAGAGAGAGAAGUGGGAGUGAAAUGUUGCCUUCCCCACUUCUAAGCACCGCCACCAUCGUGACACCACGGCUGGUUUUAGUACUCGGAAGGAAAAAACAAAAAGCUGCAGCAUUUCCGGUGCAGUGUGAUAUUUACUAAUCUUUCCUAUUUCUUAACAACAGAUUUUAAAAUACUUCUCUAGUCAUUGAGGUUUUUUUUCUUUACGUAAAUAUUGAUAUAUUCUUUUUCUACUCAAAGUGCCAAAGGCUACAGUUUUUAAUGACUUAACAAAUUGUACCACAUUGUUAAGGAAAUAUCAUGAUAGACACUAGAACUCAGACCUCUGCAUGUAUAUUUGAUAAUACAUCUUUUGUAAAAAAAUUACAAAAAAAUUUGUUUACAUUCCACUGGUACCUUAAUUUAAAUAAUUCAGACUAACAGGUGGUAUCUCUUCUUAGUGUUCUAUUUAUCUUAUUUGCUAAUGGGAGCACUUCUUCCUUUGUUAGGCUGUGCUUUAUUGACAAAACCAAGUAUUGAAUAAAGAGAGUUAAUUAUCUUUUUAAAGUAAAUAAAAUUAUGGAAAAUAUAUAUAUAAUAUAUAAAAAGUAUUGUGUUUAAUAAAAUGUUAUGCAAUGUUUUCCAAACUGAUAAAGUUUGUAAAGUGCUAUAAAUGUAUUUUGUUAAGUACAGAUUAAAGCUAUUGUGUGAGUAUAUUGUGCUAACAUCAUAGAAAUAAAGAUUAGAUUUCUUCAUCAAAUCAA